CGACGAAAAAUGGACCGUUGGGCGAGCCAGGAUGUAGGUGUGUUUUUCUUCAUUGGAGGAACGCCUUCAACCUUGGAUUGGCUCCCCCAACUACCUGGACUUUCGAACUACCGAAAUGUUCUGGUCGGUUUGUUUUUUUGGGGGUCGCUUUGGUUGUUGUGCUUGUUUGGCAUUUUUUUUUUGCGGUCGUGUGAGGUUAUUUGAUGCUAUUUUGUUGCGAUCGUGUUGCCGUCAGCACUGAAAAACUGUGACCAAAACUGGAAAUGGUCGUCGUUGGAAGAUGCCCAUCUCCAACCAACACCAGAUGGCUUCGCGUGCUACUUGGGCCUUCGAGACAUGCUGUAAUUGAUUUGAUAUCCUGCCCUGACACAUGACACGAUGGCGAGCGUCGUGCUGUGGGGGGGUUGUUUUUUGCAGCUCCACUGGCGAGGGGAUUGUUUUUUUGCAGCUCGAAAUUGUUGUCUGAGCGGAGAUCAGAUCGCCAUGGCGGACUGCUGUGAAGUGUACCAUGAAGAACCUCCCAAGCAGCCGAAGAAGAAGGAAAAGCCGCGAGACGAAGAGGAGAAGCGGCCAAGAGAGACCAAGAAGGUGGAUCAGGGGCGGAUCAAUGCACUCCAGAUGCUCGAGACCAUCCCCGCAGGAGAUGGGUCACGUGCCGGCGAGCUCUUUGCGAUCUUGGAGCAGUAUGCAGGCGACCGGGAGAUGGGGCGCUCCUGCGCCAAGGCAGCUGAGCGGAUGGCGGUGUCGGAGAAUGGGCUGGAUCAGCUGGCGGCAGUCGGAGCGCUACAGGGCUUGGUGAAAAUGUGGCAAGCCCAUGGCAACGACACCUCGGUGUCCGUUCACAUGAACCAGGUCAUGGCACGUUUUUGGGAGCGCGCCUCCAGUGAUGAUCAGUGGAUUUGCUUACCUGCCCAGUUGGCCGUUGGCAAGGCCCUGAUCACUUCCGGCCAAAGCGAAUGGCUGGCUGAAGCUCAUCGUGCUGCAGUGUCCAUGCAUGAGAAAGGCCACAAAACUGCAGCCAUGGAGCUCUACCGCUUGUGCAUUGAUGAGCUUGAAAAGACCCAUGGUCCAGAAAACCAAUGCGCUUUGCAAGCUCAAAACAACUUGGCAGUUCUUUUGGAGGAAUGUCAGCAGUUUCAUGAGGCAGAGAAGCUGCACACAGAGGUUUGCAAGAAGAUGGAAGCGCAGUUUGGUGCGGAACAUGGAGACGUGACGUCAUCCAAGUUCAACCUGGCUGCAUUGAAGGCCAAGAUGGGGAGCUUAGAGGAGAGCGAGAAGAUCUACCGUCAGGUCUUGGAAGUUCGUGAGCGAACCCUGGGGCCGCAGCAUUCCAACACCUUGCGCGCCAAGUCCAAUCUCGCGGAGAUCUUACGACGUCAAGAACGAUUGGAGGAUGCGGAGCAAAUGCUGAAGAACUUGGUUGACCAGGCGCACGUCUCCUUCGGAAGGGAUGACCCCACCACCCUGAAAGCACGAUGCCAGCUGGCGCACAUUUUGGCGGUGCAAGGGGACGAGACCCGACAUCGACAAGCAGAAGCUCACCUGCGUGAGGUGGUGUCACGUCGUGAGCAGAAGCUGGGUCCCAGCCAUCCGGAGACCUUGACCGCUCUGGGCCGUUUGGCCUUCCUGUUGGAGUGCAGCAACCCUCGUGAGGCAGAGCAGUUGAACGAGCAGAUCUGGCAGCGCUUGGAUUCCCUGGCGCCUGCCGAGCGCCGCCGCGGCCGCAGUCGCGCGGGCGGCUUCCUACUGGGCCUGGCGGAGUUGGGCGAGCCCGAGCGCGAAGAGGCCUUGGUGCGUCAGGUCGCCGAGCGACGCUCCAGCACCUUGGGCGCGACCCAUCCGGACACCUUGUCCGCCCGCGCGGAGUUGGCAUCGAUUUUGGGCCGGAAGGAGCUUCCGGAGGCACAGGCAGAGUCCUUGGCCUUGCGGCGAGAGGUGGCCAACUUGAGUGAGACCUGCUUAGGGGCUGAGCAUGUGGAGACCUUGGCAGCAAAGGCCGCCCUGGCAGGGGCCAUUUUGAGGUCCCUGGGCCCGGAGGCCAACCUUGCCGAUGUGAAGACGGCGCGAGCAGAGGCGGAAGAACUUCAUCUCAAGGCGACGGCGCGUUUCAAAGCCGCUCAAACGCCGAUGCCGAGCCCGACAAUCCCCUCCUUCGCUGGAUAUGCGCCAGGGAGCAGUAAGAUAGCCGUCUUGGCGCAAGGUUGAGUUGUUUCAAGAGCAGCGUCUCACCUGACGGGAGUGCUCCAUCCUUUGAGAGCAGCCCUCCAGUCGGGGCCAAGGCCGAGUGAGGGAGAAGAAGCUGGUCAAUCAUGGACUUAGCCAAGAGCUGGCCAACCUGCAUUCAAAGCUUUUUUACAAUCUUCUUGUCACGUCCCAAAGCAGGAGUAGUCGACUUGGACAGAUUUACUGAUUUGCUACCUGAGGAGCUUGACCCCGGGGUUUCCACACUCGGCUGGGCGCCUAAAGUUAUCCUCGCUUGAAACAAGCGACACCAGUCGCCCUUCAAAGAGGGGUGAGACUGGAAGCUAUUCAGCCGUGACGGAAGCGAUGAACUAUGACGAAUGUCCUUCUUUAACCCAGAGAUGCCCAGAGUUUGAGAAUCUGCGGUG